GUCUGGCUUGCAAAAAUGCACUUUAUUUCAUUUGUUUCAUUCUUCCCUGGUACAAGGUGCAUGCUGUGAAGCCCGGGUACACAGCGUCCGGUCCAAGCAAUGCCUGUGCUCGCAGCGCGGCGCGGCGAGGAGCGUGGUGCUGGUUCUCCAGAGGCCUUGGUUCCCAGGGGAUGCUGUAGCUGUGCAAGGUGAAGGACAGACCGACAGUUGCUGGCAGAGCCACGGCAGUUAUUCAUCUGCCUGAAGUGAGGGCGGCAAGCACUUUGACGAGCUGAGGAGCGUGGUCUGCAGGGGAAGAGCCAUUUGUCGGACACGAACAUCCCCCCAGCUGCAGUGAGGGGAGAGGAGCCGCUGCUGCAGAUCGAGCACACUUCUGGAGGGAAAAAUACUGCUUUGGUUUGGUGUCUAAUUAGAUAUUUACCAGGAAGGAAGGAAAGUUAAAAAUAGGGUGACAGUGACUUCAAAGGGUGUUUUUGACUUCUAAGAAUAACACCUUUGCUGGCACCGAUUUCAGGAAUAUCAGCAGUGCCUGGGUGUGAAAGACGGAGACGUUGCAGCUCAGUCAGUAGCCAAGGGAGCAAUCCCGGACCUGCUGGCCCCUGGCCCGGCCUCACGGGAGCAGCUGAGGAGGGGACGUUUGCAUCGCUGCAAGGGCCUGUGGAGAGCCCAACUGCACCCGUGGGGACGCAGCAGAGGGAGUCUGGGGAAGGCAAAGCCACCGGUGCCCCGGUGUGGGUGGGAGGCGAUGUGUGGCACCAUGGGCACCCCCUCCCCAUGGGCGGUGCUGCUGCUCGCCGUGGCGCUGGUGGGGCUCUCGGCUCCCCGAGCAGCGUACGGGCAGCCCAACUUCAUUGUCAUCCUGGCAGAUGAUGUGGGCUGGGGGGAUCUGGGGGCCAACUGGGCAGAGACGAAGGAGACCCCGCAUUUGGACGAGUUGGCAGCCGAAGGGAUGAGAUUUGUGGAUUUCCACUCAGCUGCCUCCACUUGCUCGCCGUCCCGCGCCUCUCUGCUCACAGGGCGUCUCGGCGUGCGCAACGGGGUGACCCACAACUUCGCCGUCACGUCGGUCGGCGGCCUCCCUCUGAACGAGACCACCCUGGCCGAGGUCCUGCACGGGGCUGGGUACAGCACUGGGGCUAUAGGCAAGUGGCACCUGGGACACCACGGCCACCAUCACCCCAGCUUCCGCGGCUUCGACUAUUACUUCGGGAUCCCCUACAGCCACGACAUGGGCUGCACGGACACCCCCGGAUACAACGUGCCGCCCUGCCCUCCCUGCCCGCGGCACGGCGCGGCUGCCAGGGUGGCAAGAAAGGACUGUUACACGGAGGUGGCCCUUCCUCUCUUCGAGAAUGUCACCAUUGUCCAACAGCCUGCCAACCUCAGCAGCCUGGCGGGGCGCUACGCGGAGGAGGCAGAGCGCUUCAUCCAGCGGGCGAGAGAGAGCGGACGCCCCUUCUUCCUCUACCUGGCGCUGGCCCACAUGCACGUCCCGCUGGAGGUGCCCCCACUGCCCCCAACCUUGAGCAGGGGCAUCUACGGAGCCUCCCUGAGCGAGAUGGAUGCCCUGGUGGGACAGAUAAAGCGGGUCGCCGACAGCCACGGAAAGGGCAACACGCUCCUUUGGUUCGCAGGUGACAAUGGCCCCUGGGCACAGAAGUGCGAGCUGGCGGGGCGCCUGGGGCCCUUCGUGGGGGCCUGGCAGAGGCUGCGAGGUGGGAGCUCGGCAAAGCAAACGACGUGGGAAGGAGGGCACCGCGUGCCGGCGCUGGCGUAUUGGCCCGGCCGCAUCCCUGCCAAGAGGACAAGCCACGCUCUGCUCAGCACCCUGGACAUCUUCCCUACGCUGGUGGCCCUGGCUGGGGCAGCGCUUCCCCCAAGCAGGCGCUUUGAUGGCUUGGAUGUGACCCCGGUUCUCUUUGGGUGGUCAGACGUGGGGCACAAGGUUCUGCUCCAUCCCAACAGUGGAGCAGCUGGGAAGGACGGCGAGAUAGAGACGCUACGGCUGGCUCAGUACAAGGCAUUUUACACCACAGGAGGGGCGAUGGCUUGCGAUGGGAGCGUUGGGUCAGCUGAGCAUCACCAGCCACCCCUCAUUUUCAAUCUGGAUCACGAUAUCCAGGAGCAGGAGCCUUUGGACGUGGCAUCCAGAGAGUAUCAGGCAGUGCUGCCUGCAAUCAGCAGGGCUUAUGCCCAAGCUCUGGAGGACAUUGCAACAGACAACAUCUCGGUUGCAGAUUACUCCAAAGACCCGGCCGCAACCCCCUGCUGCAACGCACAGCACGUGGCCUGCCGCUGCCAGGCGCCCGGGCCUCAGGCAGCCGUGCUGGACCGGCACAUGGAAAUAAGAGCCAUGCAGCUUUGUGUUUAAGCAAAUAAUUGCUCAGGCUGCUCCUUUCCCGAGUCUGGUUUCUGCGAACAGGACUGUUGUGCGUGCGGGCUCCAGGCUGGAGGCUGGCCACGGAGGAGAGGGAUGGAGGCUGCGAUCCCCUUCGCUCCGUGCUGUGAAGCAGGGAGGUGAGUUAGUUGUGAGUCUGUGUGAGCACCCAGAGGGUCCCCUUUGCUGCCGUACCUGGUGGCUCUGGGCACGUGGAUGGAGACAGGCUUUUUGUAGGGCUCUUUAGUUGAUAAAAAGCCAGGUCUUGGAUUAAAACUACCUUCUGUGA